AGCGGCCACAGACAGCUACUUCCGGGUACAAAUCUUCAAAACAUUCCAAACAAAAUCACAAUUUACAUGAUAUUUGAGCAAUAAACUGACUUCAGUUAGAAUUUACCUGAUACGUCAGCUACUGUUGGUCAAUCUGGUAGAACCAAAUGUCUGCUGAUGAUAUCGGACACGCCGGUUCCGGACCUACAUUGCUUAAAGUCAGUUUGGCCGGAUAACAUGCUGGAUUAACACAAAAGUAGUUUUCCAGAUCUCAUCAUGUAGUGAGGAUGAUAUUUGCAAUGCCAGUAACCCGGGACGUCUUGUGCUCUGUCAUUCUCUUAUGGAUGGUUGGGACGCAUGCUGUGGACCUUUCUCUGAUAGAACCCGGUUGUGCCGAUGGCGUCAGACAAGGUUUACACAGCUUCAAGCGGAUAGCGGCUUGCAGCGGUGAAUGGCGGGGUCAUAUCACCAACGCUGACCACCUCUGCGCCGCUGGAUGGCGCGUCUGCUCCCAUGAAGACAGGAAGUUGCUGAAGGAGAUCACGUGGCGAGACGCGACUGAGUUUGGCGGGUGUUUUGCUUUCAAUGCUGCCCAGGAUGGCGGGAAUUGUCACGAGUGCCGUGAUCACUUGGAGAAGGAUGAUCUGGCAGCUGUGGGGCGUGGCUGCCCCCACCAGAACUACGGUCAGAGCUCCUGCAUCACCGGUGGAAAGAUUGACGCAAGCUGCUGCGUGGACACCCACUUCAAUAAGUCGUGUAUAUACCAGCCUGGGUUGAUGUCAGGGGUGCUGUGUUGUCACAAUCGUACGAGUGGCAAUGGUCAAAUAGUACCCACAACCAUGACAACUACUAUUACCCAUGAUCCACAGACAACCUUGACCCCUAAUAGGGAUCCAGAACUUCUGAUAACCUUGACCCCCAAGCAACGUCCUCGAAUGACCUUGAAGGUGUCUCAAGGUGUGCCAGUAUUUGUGACCUGUCAAUUGACUGAUCCCGUAACAGCCGAAGUCACAUGGUAUAAAGAUGGCCGACUCUUGCCGGGAAGCUCGCAGAGGAUAUCGAUCCUCACCUCAGGCGAUCUCUUCAUUGUUCCCUCAAAGGUCACAGACUCUGGCCUAUACACGUGUACUUAUGCAAUGGCUGAUGGGCGGUUUGUUUCUGUAGAGACGGAACUUGCUGUGGAACAAAAACAUGGUGCUACUUCUAAUCCUCUCAGCGGCUGUGCUACUGGUGUUCUCGAGAAUCUCCGCCACCAAAUAAAUGUCCGAGCUUGUGCCGGGGCGUGGCUCGGUCAUAUCCGGAAGGGUCGAAGUCUCUGUGCCAAGGGAUGGCACGUCUGCAGCCCCAAAGAUGAGGCUGCUCUCCAUAACAUAUCAUGGGCCGAUAUCAUAAAAACGGAGGGAUGCUAUGCCUUUAAUGCUGCCAAUAUGCCUAGUAAAUGUUCAAGGUGCCGUGGCGAAUACAUGGCAGGUGUUGGGAAGAACUGUGGGGUGGUGAGAAGGAAUAGCGCUCCGUCCUGCCUCCCAGCUGCACAUGUUACAGUCUUCCAGAAGCAGAAGUCGGGAUGUUAUUAUAUGCCGGGCGUGACGUCGGGGGUGCUGUGCUGUAGGAGAAAGAGCAAGAGGCCGAGUCAUAAAAAAGCUAAUAAAUGGAUUUACCCCGAGUGCAGCUCAGGAUGUAAGAAUGGCGGUCGAUGUAUAGCGACGAACCAGUGUCUGUGUCCAGAAGGUUUUAGUGGUCAAACAUGCCAAUUACCUGUCUGUCAUCCCGACUGCAGCCCUAGAGGAGUCUGCGUGAGGCCGGGUGUGUGCAAGUGCAAGAAGGGCUACAUCGGCAAGGCUUGUAGCAUCCGUAUGCGGCACUAUCGCUGUCAGAUGCCGUGCUACAAUGGCGGCAAAUGUCACAGGGGGAGGUGCAUUUGUUCGAAGUUGUAUUGGGGAAUGUCCUGUCAUCAUAUUCGGUGGUUUGCUAUAGCACACUGGAAUUCUACAGAGGACUGACCGAGGGUAUUUAGGUGACGAAAGAUCGAGGCAAUCUGGAUUCUUUAACCCUUUCUAUGCCUAUUGCAACCGUGGUCGAACAAGGCCUGGUGUCACCAUGUGCCUUAAGCAACCUUAGUUCAUUGUUUUGGGCACAUAACUGGACUAUAUCAUUGGCUGUGUGUUUACUGCUAAUUCUAAUAGGAGGUAUAGUAGAGCAUGAAGGAAUCUAUCGAUAGACAUGCUGUUCUAAUACAAUAAUCCAGUACUAUUAUUUCCUGGCCCACGAUUAAAAGGGAAUGACGUACCCCUUUAGAAGAUAGUUUGUAAAAAUAGUUGAGAGGCAAGUGUCAACCAGGACAUUUAUCAGCUCAGUGAACAAUAUUGAGUGAUUUGUGAUGUCAUGUGGGAUGAGACUGGAGCAUUACAGCCAGAUCCCGUUAGCGAAGGUUAAAAAGCGAACCUCAGGCUGCAAAGGCAAAUGCCUUGAGGCCGUGAGGUUGGAGUUUCUCUUUGAAUUGCCCGAUGAUGUUGUUAUUAGGGUAAUCAGGCGUGAUCAGAGAUUAGCGCAAUCUAGCCUAAUCUCCUAUGGCAUGUCUGGCUGACCUACCACAGCAGGUGUUACAGAAUUUGUUAUCGUUACUCCUGCCUGUAAGUGGCACAUCAUCUGACAAAAUCAGAGUGUACUCAAUGUAGGCCUAAUGGCAAUGCUUCAGAUGAAGACCUGAUUGGUCCUGUCGGAUGCUUGUUUCUAUAUUGCAAUAUUGUAGUUGAUCAUGGUGCAGGAUGUAACUGCUUUUUCGGACUGUUUGUUUAUAGUAGGCCUAUGUGAAAAAAACAUUUUUUUUUUCAUUCAUAGUUUUUCAUCAGACUGGUUAAAACAUGUACCUUGCUUUUUAAGUUAGGCCUGUAAACAAUAAUGAUGUAGGGGCCUUGAAGGCUUUAAACAAUAUAUUGUUCCGCCCUGCGAAGAGCGAUCGUGUGCAAAGCGGUGGGACAGAAUGGGGUACAACUAGAUUACCCUGGGCUCACUGUUAUCCAUCCGAAUUUGACCACCCCACCCUUACUCUUAGGAGAGGAGCCUUGCCUCUAUCUCGACCUAACUUGAAAAUAGUACACAUCCCUGCGACCUAUAUAAUGUAUGCUAUUGCGUGGCCUACUUACUGACACAGACUCCCUGUAGCCAGGUCAGAACUAUCCGUCCAAUUUCAACUUAAGCUAAAAAAAUUGCAAUGCAUCAGGUGUGGAUAUACUGCCUAUCCUGCAAUGUCCAGUUUAGCAUGAAGCAUGCUGUUUCAUCUUUACCUGUUCUGUUAACACACAGACCAUGCAGACCUUGGCCUAGGAAUUUUAUGGUCAGUCUGGGGUGAAAUCCCAAGGUGUAUUGUAACAGUGACAAACAGGAAUAUUGCUUAUCAAAUCUGCCAAGGGUUUGUAGAGUGACUUUGAACGAAAAUUUCAUGGACAUCAGAUAGAAACCAAUGCAGAAGCAUACACUGCUUCUCUGCAUCACAAUCAUUGAAGCAACUGUUCCUUGACCAAUCCAUGACUCAUCAUUAUAUAACAUUAUAUAACAAUUCAUGGCACGAAUUCAGCAACACAUUGAGUGCAUUCGAUCUAAUCCACAUACCCAUAUUGCACCAAGUGUAAUGAACCCAGUAAGACAGGUAAACCUAACACAGCAGGUGGUGUCUGUAGUGCAAUAGCAGAUGUCUAGGAGGAAGGCCUUGGAGUGCAAUCAAUCAGCUUAUCUUACCUAUUAUAAACAUCCAGCUGAGAGGCAUUCCACCAAUUUUGCUCAUCUUUCGCUAACGGGGUCUGGCGGUCAUGGGGAACGGAGCUGUCAGUGAGAGGUCACCAUAUCUCUAUCAUAUGUGCCGAUGUUGAUUUCAAACAUAAGUUUUACAACUGUGCUACUCUGAUAGUUUGUUUGAUGUAACCAGACCAGAAAUUGACAUAACUGUAUUCUGUCUGUGGUGGUGGAAGAAAAAGUAGACAUUGAUGAAGAAAAUGGCAUUUUGUACUUGUACUUGUAUAUGCUAAGUGAAUGACACCAAGAAUGAAUAAUGAUUAAUCUUUAUUUAUUCUUGAUAAUACUGAUAGGACUUUUAGUAGUCUUACAUUUUUGCUAAAAGACGGAUUGUUUAUGACAUGUUUCUAAUUUAUACAAGCUGUACAUUGUUAUUUCUUUAUAAGAAAAUGAAUUAAAUGA